AUGGAAGACCUCCCGGGACAUCUUCUCCCCCGGAGUAAAUAUGACACAAACGCGACAUAUGUUUACGACCACUCGCGGGGUCUAAACGGCGUCAACGUCCCUCGAGAUGUCUUGUUUACACGCAUCAUCCUCGUAUCUGUUAUUGCCGUGGCCUUUAUCCUUUUCUGCGGCCGGAUCGCACAACUGAGCCACGCCUACCUUCGCCAUAUAACGUCCAUAGCAGCAAGCAGGAGGCAACAAACGUUCUGGAGCAUUGAAGACUCACCCCUGUGGGCGAGAAUCAAAAAGCACGUUUUAUAUUCACCCCUUGGCAGCAAGAGACACAACCGCGAGCUCCAGCUUUCCUCUGCCAUCAACGUCGGCACCCUGCCGACCAGAUUCCAGACAGUCCUGAUUGUACUAUAUGCCGCGAGCCAGAUAGCUUAUUGCACUAUCCUUAACUACAAUGAGAACGUCAAAGCCGCCCUUGUCGCCGAGCUUCGAGGUCGGUCGGGGACGCUGGCUGUUCUCAACAUGGUGCCGUUGUUUAUACUCGCUGGGCGCAAUAACCCGUUGAUACCUCUAUUGCGCAUUAGUUUCGACACCUACAACCUUCUGCACCGCUGGCUGGGUCGUAUUGUUGUGAUUGAGAGCAUAGUGCACACCUUUGCCUGGGGUGUCAACGCCGUCGACGAGGCCAACGUUUCCGACAUGUUGAAUCGUCUUCGCACCACACCAUUCUUUACUUGGGGUUUGGUGGGAGUAGUAUCUAUGACCUUUCUCCUUCUCCAUUCCCCCUCACCCAUCCGACACGCUUUCUACGAGACAUUCAUCCACUUCCAUCAACUCGCAGCAUUCCUCGCCUUCCUCGGAGUCUACAUCCACAUCGAUAUCGACAAUCUCCCCCAAAAGCCCUGGAUCACCGCCGUUGGCGUUUUCUGGCUCCUCGACCGCGCAGCCCGCCUCAUCCGCCUCAUAUACCUCAACUUCUCCCUCAAACGAGGCUCCACCUCCCUCGUCGUCGAAGCUCUCCCCGGCGAGGCCUGCAGAGUCACCUUCCACCUCCCCAAACGAGUCCACGUUCCGCCAGGCUCCCACGUCUACGCCUACAUCCCGACUCUCUCCCUUUGGAUGUCUCACCCCUUCUCCGUCGCUUGGGUCGACCCCUCCUCAUCCGUCACAACCCCAGACUACCCAGAAACCAAAGACCUCCAACAAUCUCACGGCCACAAACAUAGCAUGACUCCCUCCCGCCUCGAAAAGCAACUCCCCGACCUUCUCCCCUCAAAACCCCACAACCAACUCACCUCCGUCUCUCUCGUCGUCGCCGCCCGCAAAGGCAUGACCCGCAAACUCUAUAACAAAGCCCUCGCGUCUCCCAACUCCACCCUCGUCACUGCUGGCUUCAUCGAGGGACCCUACGGGACUCACCCCUCCGACCCCGCAACCUAUGGCACAGCCGUCCUCUUCUCCGCCGGCGCAGGCAUAACACACCACAUGCUCACCGUCCGCGACCUCCUCACCCGCGCCUCCCAAGGCCGCGUCCCCACCCAGAAAAUCUACCUCAUCUGGUCCGUCCGCAGCACAGAGCACCUCGGCUGGGUCCGCGAGUGGAUGGACUCCAUCCUCCGUCUCCCAGGCCGCCGCGAUAUCCUGAAUAUCCAGCUUUUCGUCUCCAAGCCGAAAUCAAGUCGCGAGAUCGUGAGUCCCAGCGCCACGGUGCAAAUGUUCCCAGGCCGCUGUAGACCAGAGGUUGUCCUUGCCGAGGCGAUUCCGGUGCGUGUGGGCGCGACGCUGGUUAGUGUUUGUGGGCCCGGGGCGUUUGCGGAUGAGGUGCGGAGUGCAACGCGGAAGAGGAUUGGCAAGGGUGCUGUGAUUGAUUUUGUCGAAGAGGCUUUUACGUGGUAG